AUGGUCAACGAGAUUCCCACCCGGGCAACGCAUGCGUUGACAUCCGAUACAGACUCGAUGGUAGACUUUUCAACCUCGUCCGACUUCGUUCUCGAACAAAUAACCUGCGUGCGAGAAUUUCAGUAUGCCGAUGACGAUGCAACUGCGGAUCAGACUGCCAUUAACCCCCAGAGAUGCACAGACCUGUAUAACGAGGCCUACAAACACUUCGGGAUGCAGAUAAAUGUCAAAGACGAAGAUCUUCAUUCAGCCGGCUCCCGCACAAGCAACACUGGACGUCAGCAUCAACAUAGACAGACCACCGGUAGAAGUCGUCGACUUGGCAGCAUCAUUUCGAAUAAUGUCUCCUGCGGAACAGACAUUGACAAAAGGAUCAAAUCAACUCAUACUGCAUACGUAACAUUCUACCGGGUCUUCAACAAUCACGGCCUCACCAUGAGAACAAAAAUCAUGGCCUUACGGGCUGUGAUCCUCUCCAUUCUUCUGUACGUUUGUGAGACACGUCAUUCUAUUUUCCUUUAUCUUUCUUUCUUUGUCAUUAUAUUUUCUUUCUUUCUUUCUUUCUUUCUUUCUUUCUUUCUUUCUUUCUUUCUUUCUUUCUUUCUCAUGAUAUUUUCUUUCAUUCAUUCUUUCUUUCUUUCUUUCUUUCUUUCUCAUUAUAUUUUCUUUCUUUCUUUCUUUCUUUGUCAUUAUAUUUUCUUUCUUUCAUUCUUUCUUUCUUUCUUUCUUUGUCAUUAUAUUUUCUUUCUUUCUUUCUUUCUUUCUUUCUUAUUAUAUUUUCUUUCUUUCAUUCUUUCUUUCUUUCUUUCUUUGUCAUUAUAUUUUCUUUCUUUCUUUCUUAUUAUAUUUUCUUUCUUUCUUUCUUUCUUUCUCAUUAUAUUUUCUUUCUUUCAUUCUUUCUUUCUUUCUUUCUUUCUUUCUCAUUAUAUUUUCUUUCUUUCAUUCUUUCUUUCUUUCUUUCUUUCUCGUUAUAUUUUCUUUCUUUCUUUCUUUCUUUCUUUCUUUCUCAUUAUAUUUUCUUUCUUUCUUUCUUUAUUUCUUUCUUUCUUAAUCAUUAUAUUUUCUUUCUUUUUUAGUCAUUUCCUUUUCUCUCUAUCUUCCUUCUUUGUCAUUUGA